AUGACUGAGAAGGUUACGCUGAUCUCGGGAUUCACCUGUCCAUUCGGGCGCUUCCAAUGGCAACAGAAGCUCAACAAUUGCCUGUGGGGAUUUGUGCGGCUACCACCCGAAGAAGAAGCACUCCUGGAUCCGGAUGUGUUAGACUACUUGAAAUUGGACCAUCAGCCACCGAGUGACGAAAUGGACGCAGAACGCAGCAUGUCACCACUAGUGGAACAAAUGACGGUUUUCAGGCGCAACAUUCCCGCACCAUCCCAAAUGGGGCCAGACUUGGGGCGCAGUUCGUAUAUUAAUGAUAUCGCGCAUGGGGCGGCCACGUGGGAUCAGCUAUGCGGUGAUUUGGAUACAUUGCUCUAUCGGUUACGAUAUUGGAAUAUCUCACCUGCCCAAUGCAAGUUCGGGAAGCGUGUCAUACCGUACCUCUCCCACGAGAUUGGUGCCGAAGGGAUAUGUGCCACCCCGAAGAUCGUAAAAGAUAUUCAGGAGUUACCAUUUCCGUCUACCCUGAAAGGAGUCCAGUCACUUCUAGACAGCCUUAAUUAUUACCACAAGUUCAUUGAGGAUUACGCUGUGGUAGCUGCUUCGCUCAAUGAGUUGACAGCUGACCAAGUGCGCGCAGGGCGAGACUUGUCUCGAGCGAAGGAAUCUUUUGAGAUCCUGAAAAGGAAGAUCGUGUCUACACCUUUACUCAGACAUCCGGAGCGAACGAAACCUUUCGUGAUCAUCCCUCAUGCGAAUCAGUGGGCUGCCUGUGCGGUUCUAGGACAGAUACAUGAUGGAUUUGUUCAGCCUGUUCGUUUCACGGAGUGUGCCCUGAAUGACGAUGAGCUCAAGUAUCACAUUGCUGAGAAGGAAUUCCUUGUCGUGAUGCGCGUUCUCCGUGUUCAAAAGUCUGAUCGAAGGCUGUCCAUUGAUAAUCUACACUCGACAUUCAGUUACGACUUGGAAAUCCGGAAGGUUUGUCGAGAUGAGGAUGAUUUAGCCGCCAUUAUGGGUGCAGGUAUCACUCCCAGAGAGCACUUGGAUGAAGUCGCAGAAUUACUCAUUCCAGCCAAGGGGCGCGUCAAACCGUCUUCAGUUGUGAGUGUCGAAAUGCUCUCAGAAGAGUACUCCGGGGAAUGGAAAGUUUUGGAUGCUCGAGGAUACAUCCUGGAUGGAGUCACCAUCAAUGGCGUGGAAUACUUCGGAUUCGUGAUUCAACAAGCCCAAGGCCUGAUUAAUUGUAACCAGCCUAAUCUCCAACGGAGGUUAGCUGAAAGUGAAACUCUGAAGAAACGUUCCCAGACGGUCCGACUGGUACACACGAACCGCGAAUUCAACCAGGCCGCUGAUUACCUGACCUCGAAGACUCUUGUCCAAGGUGAAUCCUGGGCUGUUCAGGAUGAUCUCGAGAAACGACACGUGGAAGUAGUAUCAAUGAUUCGCGAACAGUUGGAGAAGCCGUCGGAAGGCGCCGACACUCGAGUUCACAGUGGAGACCCCAUACAAGACUCUGGUGAAGAAGAUGACAAUUCAGGAACGAGACAUGAUCCUGACCCUGAAUGUGCCCCUCCAUCUUCUGCCGCCCGAGUCAUGGCCGUGCGCACAAGAUCGCGAGCUCAGGAAGUCGAUGACGACGAGGUUCCGCCCAUGAGACCGCUAGAGUUUCAGGCUGAACGCUGGGGACGGAUUAAGGUUCACCAAGAAGAUGACGAGUAUCUAGCAGAGAUAAGGGCGUUCCUAGAUGACGACCUGGACAGGUUCUCAUCCACACGUCUGAAGAAGAGCAGCAAGGUCACAGAUCUGUUCGUUCUGGAUGAUCGAGGAAUAUUGUACAGACUUCCACACUCUGUUCGCGGAAGACCACGAGACGCCGUAGAUAAUCUGAGACUGGUAGUCCUGAGUUCACUUCGGGAAGAUAUAUUGCACUAUGCACAUGAAGCUUAUCAUGGUGGACAUCAAGGGAUCACCAGGACUCAUGAGAAGUUACGUACCGAAUUCUACUGGCCCGGCAUGUACACAGUCCGGCAAUUUGUGAAGGAAUGUGUAGACUGUGCCAGCGGAAAAGGAGCUCCCCCGAAUGCUGGACCAUUGCCGGGGAAUAUUGAACCACGGUACCCUUUUGAGGCGGUUUCUAUGGGUUUCGUGACCCACAUGCUUGAGUCAGCCAGAGGGAAUAUUUUCCUCUUGUUAUUUCAAGACAUGUUUUCACGUUAUGUGAUGUGUAAACCCAUGUUGUCUACUACCGCUCAAGAUGUCGCUGAGGCUUAUGAAGAACAAGUGUUCCAGAGAUUCGGGGCGUCUUCCAUGCUACGGCACGAUCAGGAUCCGCGGUUCAUGAGUGAAGUGUUCACAAGUCGACAACGUGCUAUUCUCGGAUACCGUUCACAAGCAAAAGGACAACAGGAGAGAUCUGUUCAAACUGUCAUUCGGAGUGUUCGAGCAUACGUCGCCGAGAGGGAUCAGUCCGAUUGGGAUGAGCACGCUGAGCGAUUGAUGUUCGCCCUGAAUGUCACGUUCGACGCGACUAGACUGGACACCCCUUUUCACGGUUGGGAUGCACGAAGUACGGUUUCGGCAAUGUUGGGUCCAAAACCUUCGAGCGUUCCUGAGCGUAGCGCAUAUAAGUGGCGACGGAAACUACAGCGCGAAUACAGCAAUACACUUGCUUGCGCUGAGGAUCGUCAGAAGAAGGCUAAGAAGAUACGCUCAGACGAACAAACCCAAAAGUGGUUGGAACUCUCCGAGAGGGUCAAUGCUGGCUUGAGAAAGGGACUCCGUCUCGCUGUACAUCUCGAAGGUUCAGCCUGGAUGGAGCCGGAAGCUAGCACACAUAUGGCACGGGCUAUUCAGAAUCGAUGA